AUGGAUUUGAUAUUACGGAAGUUAGUAACUUAAUAAGUAAAGCAAAAACAUUAAACAGUUAUAUUGGUGGUAAAGAUAAAUACCGUGAAAGCCUUCGUGAAUUACAAGCUGAAUUAAAUCCGCAGCACCAAGUUAAUCCUCUUUCAAGUGAUACAAGAACUCAUUGGAAUGGAACAAAACUUUCAGACCUUCUCCUAUCAACAGAAGAAUGGAAUUCAAUAGAUGAAUUAGCAAAACUUUUACAUCCUUUCACGCAGGCAACUGAAUAUAUUGGAGGAAGCCAAUAUCCCACUUUAGGAAUGAUGAUUCCUACUCUCAUUAAGCUCUCACGUCAUUUAAGAGAAUUUUAUCCUGCCAUUACUUCACAAACAGUAAAAGCCUGUUGCAAUAAAAUCAAUCAAUCGAUGCUGUCAAGGUGGUCUGAACCAUCGUUUCAUAGUCUAAUAGCCGCCUUUUUGGAUCUGAGAUUCAAACAAAUGAAUUAUGUAACGGCUAGCAAAAAAAGAGAAACCAUUGCUCACCUUUAUUCUUCAUUUGAUACACAGGGACGAUCUACUUUUAUUCAAGAACUCCAACCUUUAAACACUAAUUCCUCUUCUUUUUUUUCUUCUUUUUAUGAUGAUGAUUAUGUUAUUCAAAAUGAACUUAAAAACAUAUCAUUAAUUGAAAAAGAA